AAAAAAGGGCGGAGCCUGGUUGUUUUGAAAAGAGGGAAAUUUAAAAGUAGGAGCGAAUUUAGUCUGAAAGCGACUCAAACAAACGGAAUAAGUCCAGAAAAAUGACAGGAAACUGACGCUUUUCUCUCCCGAAUGUAAAAAUCGAUCGACACCAGCAGGAUGAAGAAGAAGACGAGAAGGUCUCAGGUGGACAGUAUCAAGGAGGAGUGUUGUGCUCUGUGCCGCUUCAGUGACGAUGAUCCGGCUCUGUUUGGGGAAAAAGUGACUCUGAAAGAGCACAAACUGUCCGUCCACUACUUCUGUUUGCUGACGUCUUGUGGAGUUUACCAGCGAGGAGAAGAGAACGAAGGCGUCUUUGGUUUCCUGGUGGACGACAUCAAGCAGGAGAUCCGACGCUCGGCUCGACUGAUGUGUUUUGUCUGUAAGAAGAAGGGAGCUUGUGUCGGCUGUAACGUCAGGAGCUGCAGGAAGAUGUUCCACUUUCCCUGCGGGAGGAAACGGAUGUCCGUCUCUCAGUUUACCGGACUUUUCCCGUCUUACUGUCGGGACCACAGUCCGGUUCAGACCCUGUGUGGAGGUCUGGACCUCAGCCUGCCUCAGUCCUGCUCCAUCUGUCUGGACUCCAUGGACCCCGUCCUCUCCUUCUCCAUCCUCAAGUGUCCGUCCUGCCACGCCAGCUGGUUCCACAGAGACUGUGUGCAGCAUCAGGCCCACAGUGCAGGACUCUUCUUCUUCAGGUGUACUCUGUGCAACAACAAGGAGAACUUCCAGGAGGAGAUGCUCAGGAUGGGAAUCUACAUCCCAGAGAGAGAUGCAUCGUGGGAGUUGGAGGCCAACGCUUUCUCAGAGCUGCUGGAGGUUUAUAAUCGCUGUGACGCCCUCAGCUGCCUCUGUGAAAAAGGUCGAGCUCAUUCUGCUAAGAGCGGCUGGUUUGAGGUGAUUCGCUGCCGCCUGUGUGGAUCCACAGGAACCCACAGAAGGUGUUCAGAGCUGCAGGUGGACACCAGAGACUGGGCCUGCAGCGAGUGCACCCAGGCCACCGAUGGGAGAGCCUCUCUGGUCGCCUCUCCUCAGGGAGUUCAGAGGAGGAAUCUGCUGUCCAAACGCCACCUGUCCCCCAUCCACUCCCCCAUCAGCCGUAAAAGGUGCAAUAAUGUAACGCACCCAUCCUCCAUCAGCACUAAAAGACCCUCCUCACCUGUGCAGGCCGGCUCACCUGAGAAGCUGCUGCAGGUGCUGCUGCCUCAGCUCCGCCCCCUCAGCGUGCAGGUGGAGGUGAGAGGAGAGGAGGUUCUGUCUGCGGGUCUGGAGCUGGUGAGGAGGACCGACUUUGACCCAUCUCUGGUUCUGUCUGUCAGGUUCACAGAUGAGAUUACGUUUCCCAGCAGCCCGCGGGGCGGGGACUUGGCCCGGCAGAACUUCCUGAAGCUGUUGGUGCAGCAGAUCCAGAACUGUGUGGUGUUUGAGGGUCCAGAUGGAGCCAAGACUCUGGCGCUGAACUCCCAGGCUGUACGUGAGGAUCUCUACUUUGACGUCGGCUGUCUUCUGGCUCUGUCUCUGGUCCACGGCGGUCCCCCGGUUGGAUUCUUCUCUCCAGCUCUGUACCAGUGUUUGUUCAACCAUCCGGCCCACCAGCCGGUGACCGUCGGUCACAUGACCCCCGACACGCCGUUGAGCCGCCGAGUCGUCCAGAUCGCUGAGGCCGAGUCUCUGGAGGAGCUCAGAGAAGUGAUGGCGGCGAGCUGCGACUUCCUGGAGGUGGCCGGAUGCAACCGACCAAUCAGCAGCCUGGAGGAGAGAGAUGCUCUGGUGGAGGAUCUGGUGAACUUCACAGUGAUCACCAGGAUGCAGCUUCCUCUGCAGAGGUUUCGUGAAGGUUUGCAGACUUUGGGUGUCUUUGAUCAGGUCCAGCUCUUCCCGGCGGUUUUCUUCGAGGUUUUCUGUGAAGCUUCGGAUCAUCUCACGGCUCAGACGUUCGGUCGACUCUUCACCAUCGCUUUCUCUGAGCAGGAAGAAAAACUGAACCGAGAAACGGCUGUCGUGGCCUUCUGGAGACACUUCCUGCUCGAGUGUGAAGUCGGCCGGAGCUCUGUCUCCCUGCAGGACCUCCUCCGGUUCUCCACCGGGGUCCAGGAGGUGCCGGCGGUCGGCCUCCGUCCUGCUCCCUCCAUCUCCUUCCUCCACUCUCCAGGGCUCCAGGAGGAGGACCGGAUGGAUGAAGGUCUCUUCCCUCAGAGCCACCUGGAGUCCAGACGCCUGCUGUUGCCCGUCAGCUCGUCCUACCAGAACUUCAAGAGCUCCGUGGAGCAGGCGGUGAGCCACCAAGUCCAUCUGCUGCUGCCCUCAGAGAGCUAGAGGAGGCGAUGCCAACUCCUCCUUCAGUCUGGUCCAAACCCAGUGGAAUUAACUCUGUUUUUGUCAUUAUUAUUAAUAUUAUUAUUGGUCGUUUAGUUUGAAGAUAGUUUCCCAAAGGUCCACAUACGUCUCCUCGUGUCUUAUUAUCUAAAAUCAGCUCGACUGUUUGAUCAACUUUCGGUUUUCUUUAAAAGCAAUUUCUCUUCAUAUAUACAUAUAUAUAUAUAUAUAUA